AUGGCUUCUCGAAAGUCGUCCCUCGACAUUGAGAUGAUCGAAACCAACCCCAAUCAUUCUCCCACAUUAACAGACGACGAACUGCUAGUCGAAAAGAGACUAGUUCGAAAGAUUGACCUGAGGCUUCUCCCCCUUGCGUCACUCGUUUAUCUCCUCUGCUAUCUAGACCGAUCCAACAUUGGGAACGCUCGAAUCUUUAAUUCUAACACCGGCGAUGAUUUAAUGCAGACUUUGGAUCUAACUUCCCAUCAAUACAUCAUCGCACUUAUGGUAUUUCUUGUGGCGUACUCUAUAUUUGAGACUCCGAGCAAUCUAGCCCUCAAGACUUUUUCGCCUAAAAGAUGGCUUGGAUUUCUUAUAUUUUGCUAUGGAGCUUUCUGUACUGGUAUUGGUGUUGUUCAUAACUUCGCAAGUAUCAGUGCAUUACGUUUCUUUCUCGGAGCAGCAGAGGCGGGCGUGUUCCCAGGGAUGGUCUACUACCUGAGCUUUUGGUAUAAACCAGAAGAGCGCGCCUUGCGGAUCGCUGCCUUCCUGUGUAGUGCCACUUUAUCAGGAGCCUUCGGCGGUUGCAUUGCCUACGGUGUUGGAUUCAUGAAUGGAGUGGGUGGCUUGCAGGCUUGGCGCUGGCUUUUCAUCCUCGAGGGAAUACCAUCUGUUAUACUAGGAAUACUAGUAUUUCUGUUCCUUCCCAGCUAUCCGGAGCAAUGCGGCUGGCUCACCACAGAUGAGAAGGCUAUUCAGAGAAAGAGAAUGGGAGACACAGGCUCAAGCAACCAAAGGAUUACAUGGGUUGAUGCCAAAGCAACAUUACUUGACUUAAGGCUCUAUGUUCAUUAUCUUUCAUACAUUGGCGUGGGUUGCCUAAUCGGCUCCCUGUCUCUUUUCGCACCUACAAUUGUGCUAGGUUUGGGGUUUGAAGGACUGCGAGCCCAGCUUUUUACCGUUCCACCGUAUGCAGCCGCAUUCUUUUCCACCGUUGCCGCCGCUUUCAUAUCCGACCGAUUGAAGAUGCGUGGUGUGAUUGUGGGAUCUUCAUUGGCUGUUUGCUUUAUAUCAUUCCUCAUCCUAGCUGCUCUUCCCGGCGAGCAUUUUGUUGGUAGAUACAUUCUCUUGAUUAUCGGCACGUGUGGGGCAUUUAGCGGCUUGCCGACAAUGAACGCCUGGAUUGGUGAUAAUAUCACGAACACUACUGCUAUGUCUCUUGCGACGGCGAUCAAUAUCGCUUUCUCAGGUCCAGGCCAAAUCAUUGGAGUAUGGAUAUACCGCCCUGCUGACAGCCCUAUCUACAGCCUUGGUCAUGGAGUAAAUGCGGCGUUCGCCGCAUUUUCUGCAAUACUGUGCUUCAGUCUCUCUUUCUAUUAUCGUCGGUUGAACGUCAAAGAUGGCCGCGGCUGGUUUGAAUAG